CAACAAAUAUUGAUGGUCUGGCAUUCUAAAACGCACAGCACUAGUGGGAAUACUACUAUCAGAACCACCGUUCAGGCGGAGCAUCGAUUUCAAUUGACAAACCCUAACAAAAGGGUUCCCUUAUGAGCUGAAAGAAAAUCUCAUUCGUGUGUUUCCCUUCAUUGAUGCGGUGGCAGCUGCGAGUGUUGAAGCAAAUUUGCGGACGUAGUUGUGGUAAUUACCGAAGAGAAAUAGUAUUCAGAUGAAAGAGCCUGGAAAAGUUUGAUGCGUAAAGAACUGGUUCUGGCAAGGAUAUAAUCUGAAAAUCUGCACUUUUCUUGGCUUAACUGUCACAGACAGCAAAUAAAUAAGAGAUUUAUUAGUUGAUGGAACGCCAGGCCCAUGAUUUUGCUGCUUCUGCUAUGGCAUAUGCCCAGCAGCAGCGACAAGCAGUUAACAUGCAACAGCAACAGCAGUUUGGAUUCCAUCCACAGCAGCAGUUCCCUCCGAUGGUGCAUGGUCCUCCUUUUAUGUCCCCACAUCCUUCGCUCCAACAAUUCCCUUAUCCCCACCCAGUGCAGCAGCCUCCACAGCUCCACCAACAUCCUCCUCCCAAUCCUUACCUAAUUCAUCUUCAGCAGCAACAACAGCCACCUUCAGCUUUCCCUGCCCAUUUACCCCCUCACCUUGUUCCUCCCCCUUUCUCUGGUGGUCAGUAUGACUCUGCUCCACCCCCAGCCCCUCCUCCAUCUGAUUCUGAGCUCCAGAAGCGUAUUGACAAACUUGUUGAAUAUGCUACAAAGAAUGGCCCUGAAUUUGAAGUCAUGAUCCGUGAAAAACAACAAGAUAAUCCUGCUUAUGGUUUUCUAUUUGGGGGUGAGGGGCAUGCAUAUUACCGCUACAAGCUUUGGCUAUCAACACAUCCCCCAGGUGGCCCCUUCAAUGCUCCUUUUCCUCCUUCUUCUUUACCUAUGAUUUAUCCCCCUCCAAAUCCUAUGACGAGUCCAUCUCCUUUAAAUGCAUCUCCUAUGAAUGCUGCUGUUGGUGCUUCAGCUUCUAUGAUGGGUGCUCCUCAAAUGCACCAUCCUCCUUUUCCACCAUUCUAUGACCAUCAACAGCACCACCAUACACAUCUUCAGCCCUACGGGAGUCAAGGUCGACCAGAUUAUGACCAGUCAUCCCAACCAUUUAAGGGGCUUUCGGGUCAUCUUCCUUCUGAUAUUGCAAUAGAACUCAAUAAUGUGAUUAACAAUCUCAGUGGUACCAAAGAAUCAAUCAAAGGUGCCAAGAUCUGGUUCAUGCAGAGAUCUCCAUUUGCACACGUUCUGGCCGAGGCUCUUAGAGACAAGAUCUUUGCUUUGGAUGAUUCUGAGAGUCAACUUCACAUAAUUUACCUGGUCAAUGACAUUCUUUUUGACAGUUUGCAAAGGAGGGUCAACCCGCGGGACCUUGAUAACGAGGCCCUGGCAUUUAAACCUGUUUUAGGUUCCAUGCUUGCCAGGAUUUACCAUAACCCUCAAAAUAAAGAGGAGAAUCAGUCACGGUUGCAGAAAAUUCUACAGUUCUGGGGUUCCAAGGAGGUCUAUGAUGAAGACACUAUUUAUGCACUUGAGAGUGAGAUGAUAGGUGGAUCAUCUAUUCAUUCUUUUUCAGGACAUUCUAAAGAUAUAUCUUCUGUUUCUGCAGAGUCGAUGACAACUGCAGGAAUGCUGCAUCAAACAGUAAAACAGAGCGUCUCACAUUGGCAGUCCGAUAAGCACGGUUUUGUUCCGAGUGUUCCAGAUCAUGAGCUUCAUGACAGACAAAUUUCCCCAGCCAUGAUAUCCCUAGCAAAUCAGCCAUUCUUGCCAAAUGUUCCUGGCUCUAUGCCCAUAAAUUCUUCUGUUCAACCAGCAAGUCAACAACCUGCUCUCCAUUUAUUACCAGCACCAAGCACUAAUGCCGGUGAAAAAUUACCCCCUUAUCCAUUGUUCCCACCCGGUCUUAUCCCCGGAAUGGUUAAGAAGAUGCAGAUUGGAAGUGGUGUGCCUUACUCGCCAAUGAGCCCUUUGGACAUCCCAACUAUGAUACCUGCAUCAGAUGUAUCUCCCUCAGAGAUUCUGGAGAGAGUGUCAAAGUUCUUUAAAGAGAUUGGAGAGGUUAACCCUUCGGAAGGACCAAUGAGCUCUGAUUCAAAAGCUGAAGAUGAAGACUAUGACAGAGAACCUCUUGUUCGCAAGGGAGGCGCUUGCAUUCCUCCACCUCUCAACUUGGUUGUUGACCCGGAAACAGGUGCGUAUCCUGAUGGAAGUGUGGAGCAGAAACCAGGAUCAAGUGGAUCAGGAAGAUUGGGACUCGGGGCAACAGCUAAUCCAAAUGAAGUUAGUCAAUACGACGAUGUUUACACUUCAUAUAGAAAACAGAGGAGCACCACCUACCAUUCAUCCAUGAGCACAAGGGCGGCAGCAAGGUAAAACGCCUGGCAUGUUUCACCAAUGGGCAUGGUAAUGUGGAACGUAAAAAUUGUUGAAAUACGUUCUUUCUGCUUUGUUUUUUUACUUUGUAAUUACCUUGGUAGUAUUCCGAGUCCGAAAUGCCAAAUUGGAUAAAUUGUAGUUCCAAACUUGUUGGUUCAUUGUUCUGGUUAAAAUUUACAUUUGAGGGGAGGUUGUUGCAACAAUGAAUGACUGCUGCUCGGAAAUUUCAGCCCGAUUUAUGUU